CAGGCGCCGCCCCUCGAGCGGGAGGACCGUCGCCGAUUGGUCGGCGCGGCGGGCGCGCGGGAAGAAGGGAAUCGCCUCAGAGCGCGGGGGGAAGGAGGCAGAGUUUUUGGAAGCCUGUCUUUGGGGAGCGAUGGACAGAUGUAGCAAGGUGAAACGCCUGCUGAAAAACUGGGAGGUUUUGUUUUUUCAGGAGCACCAGAGGAAACCUGGAAAGGCUGAUGUUGCAACGGCUCCUGAAGAGGUCAGACAACUGUACAAAGAGUACAAGGCACUGAAAGAAACCAAAGGACACCAAAGCCUUGAAUCUGAAGCCAUCUGCCAGAAAGAAAUUCAGGAGCUGCCAGUAACAGAACAGGUACCUGAGUCAGGUUGCUGGGGUGCGCACCUGAAUCGAGGAAAUAUGGCUCCUAAACUGACCCCGCAGGAUCAAGAGACACUGCAGGCUUCUGUAAAGUAUUUUGGCAUGAAGCUGAAAUGCAACUUGGGAUCAGCUAUUAAGGAACGCCCUGUAACUUUAAGGAAAUCCCUCACCCCCAGGAGGAAGUCAGUCACAGCAGCGCAGAAGGACAUGCACCAAACCACCGCAAAGGCCGUGUCUCCCAAACCACCUGAGGCUCCUUUGCUAGAAAAUAGCCCAGAUCAGCUGCUUUGCCCCGAUCCCAUGGAACUUGAAACCCUUCUGCCACCUUCAUUCCCAGGGCUGAUUCCUAACAAGCUCCUUUGCUCUGACCCAAAGCCAAGGCCGCCACCUCCGCUGGAUAAGUUUCGGCAGCUCAAGCAGACACUGACCAGGCGGCUGAGUAGCCUGGAUCCUGGUUGGCUGGACAGGUGCCAAGGGGCAGAAUGGCAAGCAAGAGAGGGGCUCCCUGGAGACGGCUCUUCUAUCCCAGGCAGCGGGGCAGAUCCAGGCCAGGGCUCACCAGGACACAAUUCUCAGGGGAAAGGGGGUGUUCCUCCCCACCUUGGAGAGCAGGAACAGGAGAAGUGUUGCAAUUCUCCCAGGGAAAACAGUCAAGGAGAGGCGGUGGAGAGCCAGCCCCUGGUCCAAAGUGUUGGAGAUGACUGUAAGCCCAGUGGGCAAGCUAACCAUCCUGCAGGUGAGACCCCAUCCAAAGCAGGUGCAAACGCAGCACUCUCUGAGGGCAAAGCUGAGUUUUCUGCCUUCAAGCAUAGCCGCAAACUGGAGAUUUGCGCCAAGGAGGCCACUCAGGAAACCGAGAUGCAGCUUCGGGAAGGAACUUCGCCGCAGUUGAGUGGUGCUUUCUGCAAAGUGGAGGACAGGCAGCAGAGGAGUCCUUCUAAGAGAGGAAAAGCUUCUUGCAAGAAGAGGAAACGGGAUGCUGAAGCCCACGGAGAUGAUGGCAAGGACAAGUCCCACAGUGGCACCUCUGGCGUAAAGCGCAAGAGAACUAAAGAGGUAGCGGGAGGAAGCCGCUUCAAAAAACUGCGUGGUGCUAGUCAAAAGCCAGGGCUCAGUGAAUACGACUUUGAUGAUCAGGACAUUGUUGAGGCACAAGACAAAAGUGGAGCAGGCACCCCAGUUUGCUUUGAAAACCUACUUGGAGAAGUCGAUGGGGAGGAGUGUCCCAGACAGAGUGAGAGAUCCAACAGUCUGGCCUGCAGACCACCACCAAAGAAGGAUGGCAACUUUGUGCGAAUCAAUCUCAAGAAUAAAUCUCACGUGAAAGGGUACGCUUUGAAAGGGAGGCAGCUUCGCAAGCAGGUAUGGAAGCAGAAGUGGCAGAAAAAGGGGGAACAGUUUGGAGGAGGUGGCAGGCGCUUGGACCGAGGCUCUGACACUUGCUUCCGGUGUGGAGGACUUGGUCACUGGGCUUCCCAGUGCAAGGGGAGAGCUGCUACUGAGCAGCUCUCUGCUGCUGACCCCCAACAGAAGGGAGAUGACUCUGCUGCAGAAGAGGAGGUGCCACUGCUGACUUUGGAGGAAGUGGCUCAGAUGACCAACACAGCCUACAGCAAGAUCUCAGCAAAAAGUGAGAGCAGCCAGGGAGACCUGAAGCAGCUUGCUCAGGAGGAAGAGGUUCACCUGUGUGUGCAGAGGCCCGUGUUCGAAAUUCUCCCACCACCUCCGCCAACAGAACCUCUCUACAAACUGGGGCAGGACGGGAAAGUCAGAGAGACCCCACCAGAAGUGUUGGAAGCACUGGCUGAGUUGGGUUAUGCCACCUUCCGGCCAGGACAGGAAACAGCCAUUAUGCGGAUACUCUCAGGGCUCUCUACGCUGGUGGUCCUGUCCACAGGAAUGGGGAAAUCUCUCUGCUACCAGCUCCCUGCGUACCUGUACAGCAAGAGGUCCAAAUGCAUCACCUUGGUGAUCUCACCAUUGGUAUCGCUGAUGGAUGACCAAGUCUCUGGCCUUCCCCAGUGCCUGAAAGCCGUCUGCAUACACUCGAACAUGUCCAAGACCCAGAGAGAGGCUGCUAUGGACAGGGUCAAGGCUGGGAAGGUUCAUGUGCUCCUGCUGUCCCCCGAGGCCUUGGUUGGGGGAGGCGCCUCGGCCUCCAGUUGCCUCCCGCCAGCAGAUCAGCUGCCCCCAGUAGCUUUUGCCUGCAUCGAUGAAGCACACUGCGUCUCAGAAUGGUCCCACAAUUUCCGUCCUUGUUACCUGCGCCUCUGUAAGGUUCUUCGGGACCGCUUGGGUGUGCGUUGCUUCUUGGGCCUCACAGCCACUGCCACCCUCUCCACUGCGCGGGAUGUGGCUCAUCACUUGGGCAUCCCAGAGGCUAAGGGGAUCGCUGUGCGUUCUGCUGCUGUCCCUCCAAACUUGCAUCUCUCUGUCUCUGCAGACAGAGACAAGGACCAGGCCCUGGUGAACUUGCUGCAAGGGGAGAGGUUUGGGAGCCUAGACUCGGUCAUAGUUUACUGCACACGCCGCGAGGAGACGGCCCGGAUCGCAGCCCUUAUCCGCACGUGCCUCCAGGGUGUGAAGCUCAGAGAACCCCCCAGUGCUGAGGAGCAGGAGGAGGACAGCAGCAGCCUCGCUAGCAAGAGGAAGAAGGCAAAAGCCAAAAAGAGCAUCCGCCGCCCCCUAAAGUGGAUUGCCGAAGCCUACCACGCCGGCAUGUCUGCUGCUGAGCGCCGCCGAGUGCAGAACAAUUUCAUGUCCGGCCAGCUGCGGGUGGUGGUGGCCACGGUGGCCUUUGGCAUGGGGCUGGACAAGUCUGACGUGCGGGGCGUGGUGCACUACAACAUGCCCAAGAACUUUGAGAGCUACGUGCAGGAGAUUGGGAGGGCGGGCAGAGAUGGCAAACCAGCCCAAUGCCACCUCUUCCUGCACCCAGAGGGCGAGGAUUUGCACGAGCUGAGACGGCACAUCUACGCUGACACCGUUGACUUCUUCACUGUGAAGAGGCUCGUACGGAAGGUUUUCCCUUCCUGCAAGUGCCGGGAGCUGCAUGAGAAACAGCAGGAGCUCAGCAAGGGCGGUGAAGUGGGCGAUGCAGAGAUGUUGGCUGCCUUGGAAGGGAGCGGCGAGGAGCAGCCUGAUCCAGGCGAUGGCCGUCCUCGGAUCUGUUACAAGCACGAGCGAGCUAUCCCCAUUCAGCAAACUGUGGAGGCCCUGGACUUCCGAGAGGAAGGUAUAGAGACGCUUCUGUGCUACCUGGAAUUGCACCCCCACCAGUGGGUGGAGCUCCUGCACCCCACCUUCUCUUCCUGCCGGGUGGUCUGCUAUGGUGGCCCCCAGCAGCUGCGGACAGUGGCUCAAAGGUGCCCUCCUCUCGCCGUCUGUCUGGCCCAGCAGCGCCUGAAAGGGGUGGACCUUGCUCAUGCCAGCUCUGUGGAGUUUGACGUCAUUGAGCUAGCCGACUCCAUGGGAUGGGAGGUCUUGCCAGUGAAACGAGCUCUCCGUCAGCUGCAGUGGACCACUCAGAACGGCUCCCAUGUGUCUAGGAAGAGCGGGAUCCUCGUGGAAUUUGGUCAAUUUGCUUUCCACCUGCGCUCCUACGGCGAUCUCACCGACGAGGAGCUGGACUCGGUCUGUGACUUCCUGCACCAGCGAGUGACGGGCCGCGAAAAAGCUGCCCUUUCCCAGCUGCAGGCCUGCUUCCAGGCCUUUCAGAGUGUGGCUUUCCGCGCCUGUGCCUCGUGCUGUGACCACGGGGGCGAGGAGAAGAGUGCCCAGCUGAAGUCUCUGCUGCUGGAUUAUUUUGAGAAGGAUACAGAUGAAGCGGAUCCUGCACUCCCAAGUGAAGAGCAGGACACUGAGGAUCUCCAAGACAUUAAACUUCGGGACUGGGAAGAGCAAAUACGAGCUGACGUCCGCAGCUUCCUGUCUCUCCGCCAAGACGAGUUCACUGGCAGGGCUGUGGCCAGGAUCUUCCACGGCAUAGGAAGCCCACGCUACCCAGCCCAGGUUUAUGGCAGAGACCGGCGUUUCUGGAGGAAGUACAUACAUUUUGAUUUCAACAAGAUUAUACGCAUGGCCACGGAAGAGAUCAUCCGUUGGAACUGAAUUGAGUCUGCACUGUCAUCUCCAGGGAUGAAACCCCAGAGCACAGCUCCACGGUUCCCUUAAGCCUGUGUGCAGGUUGCUCUAAUUGCAAGAAGCAACUGACCAGCCAGCAUCCCAGGAGCCAAAACAGCACCUCCUGCUCCCCUUGCGGUUUUGCAGAACUUCUCUGCAAGGCAGGUGGAAAGCUGGGCACCUGAAUGGACUUCUCUGUUGCCCUGAAAUAAGCAAAGGUUUUGGGGGAAAUGGCUUGUUUUCAUCUCCAAGCCUUUCCUAUUUUUGUAUGUAAAGCUUCCUUUUUAUUUUUUGAUUUUUUACAAAAUUGUCCUGAUUUUUAAAUAUAUUUUUAAUGUAAGGGAGAGUGUUAAGUCUUCUUCUAACCUCUAGGAAUUUUUAUUAUUUUUAUUUAUUAUCUGGACUUCUACAUACUUUGCAAAUCUUGAAGUGUGUUAAUGGAUGCCUUCCCUCCUUCCUCCAGGGUGCCAGCAUUGGAGGGAGGGAGGGAGGUUGAUUUAAUAAAUAAUGAUAAUAAAAUAUGUAUAAAAGGAGGACCCAUGAUUAAGGGUAGAACAUGCACAUACAAUUGGGAGACAUACAGGAGGGACUAGCGUCAGCAAGAAUAAUCUUGAAAAACUAAUGGGCAGAUCCUCUUCCAUAAAAGAAGUGUGAGGAUUUGCUUUUAUAUGGCAUUUAGAAAUAUAAUGCUUUAAAUGUUUGGCUGCUGCCCACCUCUUCACCUGCAAUAAACCUAUUUCAUUGUA